AUGUACUACAUGCAGCGGAACCUUCGUCUGCACGAGGAGUAUGCGCGUUUCUACGCCGCCGAGAUUUGCAUCGCAUUGCACUACCUACACAGCAAGGGCAUCAUAUACCGAGAUCUCAAACUGGACAAUGUAUUGAUGGACAGUGAAGGACACAUCAAACUGACAGAUUAUGGCAUGUGCAAGGUGAGAUGCUGA